AUGUCUUAUGUUUACUAUCUUAAACGACUUUUUCAUCUUACACCAAAACAUGAUCAAUCGUUAAUUAUUCGCAAUGUAGCUUAUUUUUCUGGUUCUGAUGCACAUACCAAUAAUAAAUUGGAUAUUUUUCUUCCUUGUCCUAACACAAAUUUAUCAAUAAGAACAGCAGAUGAGCAACAAGCAACAAGUAAAAAGCAAAUUCCUAUUAUUGUUCAUAUUCAUGGUGGUGGUUGGGUUCGUGGUAAUCGUACAGAUGAGUGGCGUGGUGGUCCAACUGUAGGUCGAACAUGUGCUCAUGAAGGUUUCGUUGGUAUAGUUGCCUCCUAUCGUUUAGCACGUAUAUCUCUUAUAUCAUUUAUUGCUUGGUCAUUUGUUUUUGGUCUUGUUGUGAUUAUUAUUGGACUUAGUUUACUGUCAUGGCAAUUUAUAACUGGUUAUGUAGCAUUUAUGACCUUUGCUUACGCUUAUAAUUUUCUGUAUAGAGUGCGCAUACCAGUCAAUGUUGAACAUGUAAGUGAACUUGUUAUUAACGCCAAAAAAAAAGAGGCAGGUUAA